UGUUCUUUACUGCUGCUCCACAUCUGUGUGGUGCUGCUCAACGCACAGCAGACCGAGCUGAGGACAGACAGGCAGGCUGCUGGACGGCUCCAUGUGAACCUGUUUACCAAACCUCUGCACUACUUUGGAGUUAGUUAGUGUGUUUUGUAAGCAGAGGGUGCGGCUGACAGCGGAGAGCCUCCACUUUUCUCAAUUCACAACAGCACCACAUCGUCUCUGACGUCGGCAUUUCUCCCUCGAAACUUCCCCCAGAGAUGAAUGUGGUGAUUCUGGAGCCUGUGGUGGUUUUCAGGAACCACAUUGCUGAGCAGAACCAUAUGUUCGCUUUAACCUGAUGCAACCCCAGAUGUAUCCUGUGAAAUGUCCAGGUCAGACUACCCUCCAGGGUACGAAGACUCCUGGGGCACGGUGUACGCACCUCAGGGCGGGAAUUACCCACCACCCCCUGCGUAUGGCUUCCCUGGCUACGGUGGCCCCCAGCCCGGCCAGCCUGUUGCUCCGUACCCCACCGGUCCAAACACCCCUCUGUACCCAGGCCAGGCAGGAGGCUAUCCUCCCGGCCCAUACCCAGGACAGCCUCACGCUGCGGGGCCUCCAGGAGCUGGCUACCCCAGUCCCCCUCCCAUGCCCCCUAUAGUCCCACCUACCAUGCCAUCAGAUAUCCUGAGCUCUGGCGAUGAGUUUGCGGCGAGCGGCAGCGGUUGGGACACGAUGAGCAUUCGGCAUGCCUUCAUCAGGAAGGUGUACAUGAUUUUGGCCUCUCAGCUGCUUGUCACCACAGCCAUCGUGGCCGUAUUCACCUUCGUCGAACCUGUCAGAUACUUCGUUCAGAGAAACAGAGCGAUCUACUGGGCAUCAUAUGCCGUGUACAUCGUCACCCACCUUGUGCUGGUCUGCUGUAAGGGCCCCCGGAGGAAGUUCCCAUGGAACAUCAUUCUGCUGUUCAUCUUUACCCUGGCUUUGUCCUACAUGACUGGAUCCAUUUCCAGUUACUAUGACACAAAAGCAGUGUUUCUCGCUCUGGGUAUCACUGCCGUCGUCUGCAUCGCUGUCACCGUCUUCUGCUUCCAGACAAAGGUGGACUUCACCAAGUGCCAGGGCCUCUUCUGUGUCCUUGGGAUCGUGGUAUUUGUGACCGGCAUCAUUACAACCAUCGUGCUGUCCUUCAAAUAUAUUCUGUGGCUUCACAUGCUUUACGCAGCCGUGGGAGCCAUAGCCUUCACGAUGUUCUUGGCGUACCACACGCAGCUCCUGAUAGGAAACAGGAAGCACUCCAUCGGCCCGGAGGAGUACGUGUUCGCCGCGCUCUCCAUCUACGUUGACAUCAUCCAGAUCUUCCUUUUCCUGCUGCAAAUUAUUGGUGCUGUGAACAAAUAAGUCGGCCCAGCAGCUCACGACCACCUUGGGUGAACAGAAACCAGGCGGUGCUUUUAAAACCUUUGCUUUGCUUUCAGUCACAAUCAGAACAGAUUUCUAAAAUCAUGACGCACUCCAAGGAAGGGCUGAACUUCAGAUUUUCUCAUAGUAUGGGUUCAACCUAUGCACAAAAAAUGCACUUUUUCUAAGGUCAAUAUUUGUCUAUAUGUGCAUUAAGCAACUUAAUAGAGGUUGAAAAAUACAUAUUAAUACUACAAUCUAAACACAAUAUAAAUAUCUAUAGACACUGGAAUGCCAGCUGCAACAUGUAUUUACUCUUGCUGGACUUAAGUUAGGGGAGACAGUGUCUGAACAUUUCUCUCUGCACGUAAACGUACUGCGAUACAUCAAGUGGGUCACAUCUGUUUAAAUGUUGAAGUAGGCUCUAUUUCUAUUCUUUUUCUUUUUAAUAUUUGCUGUCAAUAGCUUAAAGGAAUGGGUCCACAUUUUGGAAAAAACACUUCUUUGCCUUCUUGGCCAGAGUGAGAUGAAAGGCUUGACACUAAUCUCAUGUCUGUCCAGUAGAUAGAAGACUACAGCCAGCAGCUGCUUAGCUUAGCUUCAGCUAAAGAUUGGAAACAGGGACACGGCUAGCCUGGCACCUCUAUAAUUCACAGUUUAACACAUUGUGUUUUGUUUGUUAAAUCCAUAAAAAACAAAGUAUGCAAACAUCAGGUUGUGCUUUUAUGAAUGUUACAUGUCUGACUUUCACUUGGCCUCAUUAGCUUUAGAGGCGCUGUUCAGAAGAUUUUCAUACAUUUAGUCAGAGCCAGGCCAACUGUUUCCAGUCUUAAUGCUAAACUAAGCUAACCAGCAUCUGCUUUGUGACUUCAUAUUCACUGUCCAGAUGUGAGACUGGGAUUGAUCAUCUCAUCUAACGUGAUAUAACAUGAUGUAAUGUUUGUUACUGAUCCUAAUGACACUAGUAUCUGCAGUAUUGAUACUUUGGUGGCUGACCUGCCAGCCACUGAAUGCAGCUGAGUACACCUAGUGAAUGCCUCAGAUCUAUUAUGGGUUCAUACUGUAUUAUCAAGGCUUUGCUAGUGGUCUUUAAAACAUCUGUCGCUAUAUUCUAUAUCCCUACAGUGCCUUCAGAAUGUUUCUGAGAUUAGAUUUUUUUUACUUUAAGAAGUACGUGCUCAGUACAACAUAAGCUUUUAUAGUAUUGUUACAUAUGUGCCUGUUUAAUAUUCUUGUGUUACGGUCAGAUAAGUCAUGUCAACAACACAAUCAGUGCCACGGUGUUAAACUAUUGGAAAAUUAGGGAGUUCCAGCUAAUGUGGAGCUUUUCCAAGAUGCACAACCCCACCCAGCUGGUCCUCCACACGUUCGUAUUUAUCAUAAGUACAGGUCCAAAGUUACAUAGAACCCUCGACUCAAAACGACUAAGGCAAACGUUUUGAACAUGCAGUACAGAUAGUGAGUGUGGGGAUUUGUAAAUAUACAUAUCAAUGAUGAAGAAUGUCUGUUUAACUUUUCAUAUCAAAUUAAGAUUUGUAUUUGUGAGUUUUGAUGUAGUUGAUAUGGAGUUGUACCAGUGAUGAUUCCUGUUUCCAUAUUCACAAAUUUAUAAUUAAACAUUUACAUUUA